AUGCUUUCCACGCCCGGCAACGCCUUCCCCACGCCCGUCAGGGCAAACCCAGAGCCCCCGUCAUUUGGAGACAGGAUGGCCAAGGAGUAUCAGCGAGUGGCUCCGUUCCACGACUUGAGCCGGAGCGAACGAAAGACGCCGCAUCCUGGGUCGCUGCCGCAAAUCAACGUCCUGCAUCCGACACAAACGAGCAGCCCGACGCCACAGCAUCCGCCACCGUCGAUCUUGAACGCGCAAGUGGCCGCUCAGCUGGCGCUCUCGCAUGUCACCUAUACACAGAGACGGACGCAGAAGGAGGAGAUGCUCUCGGGCCGGCAUUACUAUCCGUCUGACAAGGAGCUGUAUCUGGAGCGCGAGCGCUGCGCCGUUGCCUGUCGGCGCUUCAACAGCCUGACGGGGGCUCCAUCGCACGGUGUCUCGCCCGCUGAGCGAGCCCGCAUUUUUCUCGAGAUCCUGCAGCCCCGUGAGCUCGUACGGAUGACUCCCAGCGAGGCGUCCCCCGUCACCAAUGUCGGUCGCGUUGGCCGGCACGUUGCCGUCGAGACACCCUUUACGUGCGACUACGGCUAUAACAUCAAUAUCGGCCACCACGUCUUUAUCGGGCGGAACUGCACCAUCAACGACGUCUGCGAGGUCAAGAUUGGCGACAACUGCGUCAUUGGCCCCAACGUGAGCAUCUUCACGGCUUCUCGUCCAAUGGAUCCCAAGACGAGACAGGGCGGCCAGGGGCCACAAUUUGGCCGAGGCAUCACGAUUGCGCAGGACUGCUGGAUCGGAGGAGGCGCCGUCAUCCUGCCGGGCCGCACCAUCGGUAAGGGCAGCACGGUCGGUGCUGGUUCCAUCGUUACCAAGGACGUCCCGCCCUUCACCGUCGUGGCCGGCAAUCCAGCACGCGUUCUACGCGGCAUCGGCGACGCGCCAUAG